AUGACGUGCCCGUUGGCCAAGGCUAUUCAAAUCAUCAACCUCCGCAAGGAGGAUCGCAGCUUGGUGCUUGACGAAAGCGCCCUGGACAGUAUCCUUCUCCAGGGACCGGUCCGUGACCUCAAUGUGAUGGUCCUGUCGGUCGCUGGUGCCUUCCGCAAGGGCAAAUCCUUCUUAUUAGACUUCAUGUUACGGUUCAUGUACAAACAGAAGGGGGGAGGGACAACGAACUGGAUGGGCAGAGACGACAAGCCCCUGACCGGAUUCUCGUGGCGAGGGGGCUCAGAUCCAGAAACAAACGGUAUCCAGUUGUGGGCAGAAGUGUUUAUUGUACAGAAGAAGGAUGGGAGAAAGGUUGCUGUGCUGCUCAUGGACACACAGGGAGCCUUUGACAACCAGUCAACUGUGAAGGACUGUGCCACCAUCUUUGCUCUCAGUACCAUGAUGAGCUCUGUCCAGGUUUACAAUUUAACCAACAACAUUCAGGAGGACGACUUACAGCACCUUCAGCUCUUCACAGAGUAUGGGCGUCUAGCCAUGGAUGAGUCAUCGCUCAAACCUUUCCAGACUCUGCUGUUCUUAGUCCGAGAUUGGAGUUUUCCAUACGAGUUUCCUUAUGGAUUGGAAGGAGGCAAGAACUUCCUCGAGAGACGGCUACAGGUCAAAGCUCACCAACAUGAGGAGCUGCAGCUGGUGAGGAGACACAUCCACUCCUGCUUUAGCAAUAUCUACUCCUUCCUCAUGCCCCACCCGGGGCUUCAUGUGGCCACCAGCCCCACCUUCGAUGGCAAGCUGAAAG